CACAAAUAUCCGCAUCAACUCGUUUCUUGUCCUCUCUUUCUCAUCUCCCACACUCUUCCACAUCCCUCCUCCAUCAAGGCGACAGAGCGGGUCAUCAUGCCGCCCAAGAAACCUCCUCCGCUUCCCCGCAGCCUCUUCACCGGCGGCGGCCCGCUCUCGCCAAGCGCCCUCCAGCAACCGCCGUCCCCGUCGACCGUGCACCCGGCAUUCAUCACUGACGCGCACUCCCACGGCGUCCCGCUCGAGCACUUUCCCGAGGUGCAGAACAUGCCCCGCGUAACGGGCUCGGUCGCCGUCGCCGUCGGCGCUGAGAGCAGUGGUUCGGGCAAGCAUCGCACAGUCGCGGCGUGUGUCAUCGACGGCCCGGACUUGCAGGACGCGACGACUUCGCCGGCCAUGGAUCUCGUGGUGCCAUGCAUCGCGCCGCUCACCGAGGCAGGAUGGGAGCGUGUCGACGAAGCCGUGAACAAGAUCGAUGGCGGGAGAGAAAAGGUCGAAAUGGAGGUCGCGGAGGGCACGCCGUCGCGCAAGAUUCUCGUGUCCGGCCUCCUCCCUCCGCCCCUCACCAAGCGCUCCUCCCCCCUCCUCCACUCGGACGAGUACGAGAUGCACUGCGGCCACCUCUCCCAGCUCUCGCUGCACUCGGACGUGGUGCUCAAAGCGCUCCCGCCCAUCGUCGACACGCGUGUCGCGCCCGCCGCGUGGUGGGAGGACGCGCACGAGCUCGAGCGUGUCGUCAAGAUGUACAUCGGGCCGGCCAUCGAGGCGUUCGGCACACACCGCAUCGUGUUUGGCUCGCAGCCUGCGCUUCCGCCCACGGACCCCGCGAUCAUCGUCCCUGUCAGCGGGGCGGCGUGGUAUGCUCUGCUGCGCAAGUGUGUUUCGGAGCUCGGCGAGGAGAGCGAGGCGAUGACGGCCAUCAUGGGGAAGAACGCCGAGGAGGUGUAUGGGCUUUGAGGAAGUGUACGAUAUCCGGGAUGCAUAGAGAUCACUGGAUUGGCA